UUAACUUGAUUAUUCUUGCCGAUAACAUGCUACCAUUGCUUUCUCAGUGCUUUUUCUAUGAUUUGUAAAUAAAUUAGGAAAGUUAUCAUAUGAUGACUUAACCAUAAGAGUUCUUGAUCGUGUUCACUGUGUAUGUACAUCAUGUUGAAAUCGGCAGUGUUAUUUUUGACUUUGUCAUUUGUUUUAUUCAAAUUAUAUUCAAGAUAUAUCAGCAUCACCAUUGAUUUACCAGAUGAAGAAUAUGACUUCAUAAUUGUUGGAGGAGGAUUGACUGGAUCUGUUAUUGCUCGUCGACUGACUGAUAAUACCUCAUUCAAAGUACUAAUACUGGAAGCAGGUCCUGAAGAUGGCUACGAUCCGUUUGUGAACAUUCCUCUUCUUGGUCCUUUAAACGUUGGAAUAUGGAAUGAUUGGAAAUUUAAAUCUGAAAGCCAGUCAGCAUCUUUACAUAUGAAAACUGAUAAUGUUGAACAUCUAGCCAGGGGAAAACUUCUUGGUGGUACCAGCUCUAUUAAUUUUCAAUAUUAUAUGAGAGGAAGUCCAUCAGAUUAUGAUUCCUGGGAGUCUGAAGGAAAUGUUGGAUGGGGAUUUGGAAGUGUUUUGAAAUAUUUUAUCAAAUCAGAAACAUCAAAUCAUUUUUAUCCUAUUGAUGAGCGAUAUCAUGGGCAUGAAGGACCUUUACACGUUACGCAUAGUGAAAAGAUUGGAAUGUCUGAUGUUUUCCUUAAUGCUGCAAAAGAAACUGGAUUAGAUUAUGUUGUUGAUCACAAUGCCAAGGAUAUUAUUGGAGCAGCAGUUAUACAAACAUCGGCAAAGAGAGGACUUCGACAAAGUGCUUCUACAUCAUACUUGCGAUCUAUUGCACACCUUAGGCGAGAUCGUCUUCACAUUGUAGCUGAUGCCCAUGUAACAAAAAUUCUGAUCAAAGAGAGAGAAGAUGGAAUUAAAUCGGCUUCAGGAGUUGAAUUUAUUAAAAAUGGAAAAACAAUUUCUGUGAAUGCUAAAAGAGAAGUUGUAUUGAGCGCAGGUGUGUUUGGUACUCCACAAAUAUUAAUGUUGUCUGGCAUUGGACCGGCCAAACAUUUGCUAGAACAUGGAAUCAGUGUUGUGAAAGAUCUCCCAGGAGUUGGUUCAAAUUAUCAAGACCAUAUGUUCGCACCGGUUUAUUUUCAUGCCAAAAAUUUAUCAUUUGGUGACACAGCAGGGAUAAAAGAGAUUUUAUACAAUUUUCCUGGAUGGUUGUGGAAGGGAAGCGGCCCUUUAGGAAAUACUGGGGGUGUAUUCGCAAACUUGAAAUUUGACAAAUUGGAAAGAAAAAAAACUCCGGAUUUUCAAGCAAUAGUGAUACCUGCAGAGGCGGACACUUUCUUAUUUCGAUUGUUAAUUUCAAAUUACUUAUAUAAAGACAAUAUUUUCGAGGAAGAGAUUGAGAGCGAAACGAGAGAGGAAUGGUGUGCUUUUUUCAUUUUUCAUUCACUCUGUUUUACUACACCCUAAAAGUAAAGGUACUGUGGGAUUGAGGUCUUCAAGUCCAUUCAGUAAGCCGAAAAUCAAUCCUAAUGUUCACUCUCAUCCUGAUGAUCUAGAAACAAUGAUUAAAGGCAUGGAAUGGAUUAGUAACUUAACAACUACUGCAGCAUUUCGUAAAAUAGGAGCAGAAGUUGUUCCUUUAGUGUCAAAAUGUAGGAAAGAGAAGCCAGGCUCAUAUGCAUUUAACAAAUGUCUUGCAACUGGUGAGGCUAUGUUAUUUCAUGGCUGUUGUUCAGCUAAGAUGGGAAGAUUUGAAGACACAGAAGCUGUCGUCGAUCCACAGCUCAGAGUUUAUGGAGUGGACCGCCUACGGAUAGCUGAUGCUUCAAUUAUGCCUCAUCAGAUAUCUGCUGCUCCGCAGGCAACAUGUUACAUGAUUGGCGAAAAAGCUGCAGAUCUAAUUAAGGAAAGCAAUCCAUGAUUUAGAUAUAUUCGUUACUUUUGAAAAAUUGAAAAUCAAUAUAAUUUGUGCAAUUGUCUUGAAUGAUUGUACAUAACCAGA